AGGAAAAAACAAAAGAAAAGAAACCUAUCCCUGUCAUACAUCAGUCUUGGCAGAAAUAGAAAUAGAGCUUCGCAUAUUCACGACCAUCCCCAUCUGCUCACGGAAUAAGAGCAGUAAGAGUCUUUCCCACCAGAUCAUCAUGACCACCCGGUAUCGUGUUGAAUAUGCGCUUAAAUCUCAUCGACGUGACCAGCUAAUCGAAUGGAUCAAAGGUCUUCUGGCCGUACCGUUUGUGUUGCAUUCCCAGCCCACUGCUGUCUACCAGGAACAUAGUGUCAAGUUGGUGGCGGUGGCCGCCGAUACGCAUCAGCGUUAUGCAGAGAUUCUUCGAGAUGUCCAGAACCUCAUCAUUGAUCAUAUCGAGCAUGAGAAUAACCAGGCUGCCGGCAAGUCCAAGUUGAAGCUGUUGGUUCCGACAGUGGGCAGCUUCUUCACGGCGCUCCCGCUUGAAGACGCGUUCAAGUACCAAGACCAGCUGCGGUUCAUCAGUCGGCGGCGGUUCGUCGCCCCCUCGUUCAACGACGUGCGAUUGAUCCUCAACACGGCGCAACUUCUGGGCCUCGUGCGGUCCAGCGAGGUCGACCUAGUCACUUUCGACGGAGACGUGACGCUCUACGACGACGGCGCUUGUCUCACAGAAGACAACCCGGUCAUCUCCCGCAUCCUCCGCUUGCUGCAACAGGGCCGCAAGGUCGGCAUCGUCACGGCAGCCGGCUACACGGAAGCCCCCAAAUAUUACCUCCGUCUGCGCGGGCUCCUCGACGCAAUGCACGACUCCACCACACUAACAGACAGCCAGAAGAACGGCCUGAUCGUCAUGGGCGGCGAGAGUAACUUCCUCUUCCGCUUCGACCAGACCUCUCCGGCCCGACUCACCUGGGUGCCUCGCAAGGAAUGGAUCCUCGACGAAAUGCGUGCCUGGCAGGAGAACGAUAUCGGCCAACUCCUCGACAUUGCAGAGUCGUCGCUGCGCGCCUGCGUCGCGAACCUCAAUCUGGCCGCCGACGUGCUUCGCAAAGACCGUGCCGUCGGCGUCUACCCGCUCGAAGGAUGCAAGAUGCAUCGUGAGCAGCUCGAGGAGACCGUCUUGGUUGUCCAGAACACAGUCGAGAGAUCCCCUAUCGGCACCCGUCUCCCUUUCUGUGCUUUUAACGGAGGGAACGACGUCUUCGUUGACAUUGGCGACAAGUCCUGGGGUGUCCGUGCUUGUCAGCGGUAUUUCGGGGGCAUCGAUCCCUCCAAGACCCUCCAUGUCGGCGACCAGUUCCUAUCCGCGGGUGCCAAUGACUUCAAGGCUCGACUCGCCUCGACCACUGCGUGGAUUGCCAGCCCGGCGGAAACGGUCCAGUUGCUUGAUGAACUGGAGGAGCUGCAGCAGGAACCGAGAAGUGUUUAGGAUAUGCGUAUAGCGAGAUUUAUAUAUAUGUCUCUCUUCAUAUAUCUAUAUACAUAUGUAUGUAUGUAUGUUCGAGAUAAGAAGACUGACGAGGGAGUGAUGGGGAAAGGAGAGUGGGAGGAGACGAGGUGGGAGUCGAGGUGCACAUGAUUUUUGCUUGAUUUCGGGCUUUUCUUUUAUAUACU